UGUGAAUGGUGAGAUUACUUCCUGAUAAAUUACUUUAUCACUCAUUCGUCAUACUGUGGACAUAUCAUUCAACAAUGGUUUUAGAUUCUGUUUACUUCAUUUUCCACAUAAUUUGUCUGAUAUUAUGGGUCGGAAGUUUGACACCAACAUAUGCCUUUGGUCAGCGAACAAGUAACAUUGCCCUCCACCAGCCUGCAUUCCAACAAAACACAUAUACUUUGGACCUAAUUGAGCCAAAUGAAGAUAGAUUUGACGCCAGUAAUGCUGUAGAUGGUUUGAAGUCCGAUCUCAGUGGACUAGGAGGUCAAUGUUCUCUCACUGCCAAUAAUAAAACCACGGCCACUUGGUGGGUAAACCUCACACGGGUCGCAAAUAUCCAUUACAUCAUAAUAUAUUACAGGACGGACAAUGUUGUUUGGGAUUCAUCAAAUGGCUAUACAUCUAGAUUCUUGGGUUUUUCUAUAUAUGUCUCAAAUACAACAUCUAAAAUAGAUGGAUUAUUGUGUUAUAAGGACAAUAUUUUCACCACAGAAACAAUACCGGCAGUUUUUAAUAUCACCUGCGCUGUGUAUGGACAGUAUGUUAUUUAUUACAACGAAAGACUCCCAGGACUUGUGUAUCCACAUGGUUAUUCCAAAUACGCGUUUGCUGAUAUAUGUGAACUUGAAGUAUAUGAGUGUGACAUUGGAUAUUAUGGUUAUAACUGUACUGAAACCUGUGGACACUGCGUCGAUGAAACAGAGUGUUCCCCUGUUGAUGGGACCUGUCCUACUGGAUGCAGUGCUCGGUACUUUGGACAGUUGUGUAAGACAGAAUGCAAAAGUGGAAACUAUGGUCUGAGAUGUAAUGAGACGUGUGGUCAUUGUUCUGACCUAAUGUAUUGUUCCCAUGUUAAUGGCACGUGUCUAACUGGGUGUAUGCCAGGAUAUGAAGGAGAGAGAUGUCAACAAAUAUGCAAGUUCGGAUUCUAUGGAAUUGGUUGCCUUCAAGAAUGUAGCAGCUUUUGCAAAACAUCACGUGACUGUGACCACGUGUCUGGCGUUUGUAGACACGGCUGUAGAAAUGGAUGGGAGGGUGAUGAUUGCUUUGAUGUAUCAAACAUUAACGAAGAUGGCGAAGAAUCGGAAUCUAAGUUUCAUGGCUUUGUAGCGGCGUUUUGUGUUUCACUGGGUUUGAAUUGUAUCCUUAUUGCAAUCUUCGUGGUAAAACGGUUAAGACUUGCAAGUCCAGGGGUGGCAAAGGAUCAAGUUAAAAAAGAAAAAUACAAAGGAGACAAUGGUGUUUCCAAAGAGGCCUCUAACGAAACGUCAUAUCAGGAGCUUGGUGAAAUUAACAAAUCAGAAACCUAUGAAUCAUGUCAGUAAAUUAAUACAAAACAAACAAUGACACAUGAUUUUUUAUGUAAGGUAACAAAACUACAUUCUGCUAGAUUACAACAGCUUCUAAUAUGCUUAAUAAAUAAAAUAUUGUUGUAUCAAUAUAAUUCGCGAUCCACAAUUUUUGUUGUAUUUGUGGGUAGCCUUAUCCCACAAAUUUACAUCUCGGUCGAAAAAAGAGUUUGAAAGGGUUAGUUUUCUAAUUAAAACCAAACAAAGACGUAUCCACGAAAACCCACAAUCCAUGAAAGUUUGCCCAAUUUAAUUUAAAUUUUUUAAAGCCAAUUACGCAUACGUAUUUCAUAUAUAAAUAAAAUUGUAUCCCUCGUUUAUACGAUAUUUCAAAUAGAAUAUAAAACACAAAAAAAUAUUUACACAUAUAUUAUAAACCACUACUUGUUCAAAUUAUAUUGUAGCUCUUCUGAGGAGUAAUACGUAUAUGUACAUAUAUUCUAUCUAUCUAAAUAUUGGAUUUAUUUAUCGAACAAAUACUAUAAAUAUAUAUGUUUACAUUGGAACUAUGCAUUUAUGUUUAUGCGUAAUACUUGUACUCUGAAUUGUGAGUAUGUGAAAGUUCAAUAAAAAAAUAUUUUGAUGUA